CAAGGGGCGGGCCAGGUCCCCGGGCGCGGCGCGGGCUCGGGGGACCCGCGCGGCUGACGUCAGGCGACUCCUUAAAUAGAGCCGGCAGCGCGCUCCACUCGGCAUUUCCCGAGGAGCCUGAUCGCGGCCGGCGCCAGCGCCACCGUCCGGUCCGCGCAUCCUCCCGCCGGCACAGCCGCGCGGCCACCGAGCGUCCCCUGAAAGGCGCUCCGAGCAUCCGGAAUGGGGCUUCGGGAGCUGGGCGCGCUCAGAACCCGACCCGCGUGAGAGCUGAAGAGUGCCAGGAGCCGCCCCGCUACCCGGAGCCCCCAUCGCUUAGCACCGGGAGAUGCUGGCAAUGCAGCCACCCGGUCCCCGAGGAGUCACCGUCCCCGGGACCCCCGGGCACGGUGCUCGCCCAGGUCAGCAACCCUCGGAGGAGACUGCGUCCACUAUGCCUGACCCGCACGGCGGGGAAAGCGCCACGAGAGCCCUCUAGGCGACCGCAGGGCCACACAGGAGCUCCGCCGCAGGUGCCACCUCAGAAACCAUGACCCCCGGCGCGAGCCCAUGGAGCUAUGGCCUAUAGGGUCCUGGGCCGCGCGGGGCCACCUCAGCCGCGGAGAGCGCGCAGGCUGCUCUUCGCCUUCACGUUGUCCUUGUCCUGCACUUACCUGUGUUACAGCUUCCUGUGCUGCUGCGACGGUCUGGGCCAGAGCCGCCUGCUCGGCGCGCCACGCUGCCUCCGCAGCCCCAGCGCAAGCGGCCAGAAACUUCUGGCGAAGUCCCGCCCGUGUGAUCCCCCGGGGCCGACGCCCAGUGAGCCCAGCGCUCCCAGCGCGCCGGCCGCCGCUGCUCCAGCACCGCGUCUCUCCGGGUCCAACCACUCCAGCUCCCCGAAGGUGGGCACCAAACGGCUGCCCCAAGCCCUCAUUGUGGGCGUCAAGAAAGGGGGAACCCGGGCGGUGCUGGAGUUUAUCCGUGUGCAUCCGGACGUGAGGGCCUUGGGCACUGAGCCCCACUUCUUCGACAGGAACUACGGCCGAGGGCUGGACUGGUACAGGAGCCUGAUGCCCAGGACCUUGGAGACCCAGAUCACACUAGAGAAGACGCCUAGCUAUUUCGUCACUCAAGAAGCCCCUCGACGGAUCUUCAACAUGUCGCGAGACACCAAGCUGAUUGUGGUGGUGCGGAACCCCGUGACCCGCGCCAUCUCUGACUACACACAGACACUUUCGAAGAAACCGGACAUCCCCACCUUCGAGGGCCUGUCCUUUCGCAACCGCAGUCUGGGCCUGGUGGACGUGUCUUGGAACGCGAUCCGCAUCGGCAUGUAUGCGCUGCACCUGGAGAGCUGGCUGCGGUACUUCCCCCUGGCCCAGAUCCACUUCGUCAGUGGCGAGCGGCUCAUCACUGACCCGGCUGGCGAGAUGGGGCGCAUCCAGGACUUCCUGGGCAUCAAACGAUUCAUUACAGACAAGCACUUCUACUUCAACAAGACCAAAGGAUUCCCUUGCUUGAAAAAACCAGAGUCGACCCUCCUGCCGCGAUGCCUGGGCAAAUCAAAGGGGAGAACUCAUGUCCAGAUCGACCCUGAAGUCAUAGACCAGCUCCGGGAAUUUUAUAGACCUUAUAAUAUUAAAUUUUAUGAAACCGUUGGGCAGGACUUCCGGUGGGAGUGAGACUCAGAGGUACAAGAGCCCCACUCUUGUCUCUUCCACGAGGUUCCCUCCCAGAGUCGCUUUUCCUCGUCUCCAGCCCUUCUUCCCAUCUUGAACCCUAUGAUGGAUCAUCUUGGAACCAGGAAGCUGAAUAAAGGCCGAGAGACUGGUGGUCCCUGCUCUGUCCGGGAAAGUUCUACUUGCUUCUGGCAUAGCCAUCCAGUUCCAGAAUCUGCUCCCUUCCACCGGUGAGAGGCCUUGGGGAAUUGCUGUAACAAGAGUGGAUCUCCCGGUGUCGGGGGAUAUUCUGAGUGGAGAUGGUUCUGUUGCUGUGAGAACGGCGGUCCAUGCCAUCACUGUAUGCUCGGUGGUGGACUUGUUAAUUCCAUGUGGCAUGUACCUUCCCUCUGAACUUCAUCUCCCUGCAGCAGCACUGAGCGGUAGGCUAGGAGAACACCCUCCACCCUCCUCAGAAAGCAGCAGCCCAUCAACAGUAGGCAGCGCCAAAAACCCUUCUCGGGCCACUCCAGAAGAUGGACUCUGUGAUGAUGAAACAAGCCAGUGACUUCAAAGCCUGUGGUCUCCACUGUGCUUGGAGGAAGCUGUCUUUGAAUAGCACUCUCUCUCUGACUCUCCCUGCUCCCUGUGGACAAAAGCACAUAACUCUGCUGUUACGGGUACUUUCUUCACACGAGCUUUCAUGUUCGGCAUGCACGGAAUCAUGCUUGUCCAUGUGAAAUAAA